CAGCAGCUCUGCACGCCAAGAAAUGGGCAAAGGAAUGGCAAAAAUGACAGAGCAGCCAAGCUGAGAUUCCUGGACUAUAAAAAUCUGCCUAUAAGCCAAGAAAAAAACACUCCCCGGGAAGGAUUUUCCAGGCACUGCUCCAUGGCAAGAUGGAAAUAAAAAGGGGGAGGACAUUUUGGAUCUUCUGCCUAAUCUGGAGUUGUUGCCAAGGCAAAGAACCAGUUCAGAUAGUCCAGGUCUCUACUGUCAGUAGAAGUGAGUGUGCCACCUGGGGGCAUUUCCACUUUCAUACCUUUGACCACGUGAAGUUCACUUUCCCGGGAACCUGCACCUACGUCUUUGCUUCCCACUGCAAUGACAGCUACCAGGACUUCAACAUCCAGAUCAGGCGCAGCGACAGGAACGGCCUCCUCCUCUACUUCACUGCCACCAUCGACGGGGUGGUCCUGGAGGUGAAGGAGACAGGCAUCACGGUGAACGGCAACAAGAUUCCCAUGCCCUUCAGCUUGAAGAGCAUCCUGAUCGAAGACACCUGCACUUACUUCCAAGUCACUUCCAAGCUGGGCCUGACACUCAAGUGGAACUGGGCUGACACUCUCCUACUGGACCUGGAAGAAACAUACAAGCAGAAAAUAUGUGGCCUGUGUGGGAACUAUGAUGGCAGUGAGAAGAAUGAUUUGAUUUUGGAUGGGUAUAAAAUGCACCCAAGGCAGUUUGGGAACUUCCACAAAGUAGAAGAUCCAUCAGGGAAGUGUGCUGAUGUGACUCCAGAUGACCCCACCGGAAAACAUCCUAGGAAGGAGGAUGACAGAUGCAGUAAAUAUAAAAAAAAGUGCAAGAAAUUGAUGUCCCGGUUUGGAAACUGCCCCAAAGUGGUUGCGUUUGAUGACUACAUAGAGACCUGCGCUGAGGAUAUGUGCAGCUGUGCAGCUAAUUCUUCUCACUCUGACCUGGUUUCCAGCUGCAUAUGCAGCACUUUAAACCAGUACUCUCGAGACUGUGUCCUCAGGAGAGGGGAUCCUGGGGAAUGGAGAACCAAAGAACUUUGCUAUCAGCAGUGCCCUAACAACAUGGAAUACAUGGAAUGUGGAAACUCAUGUGCUGACACCUGUGCUGACCCAGAAAGGAGCAAGAUUUGUAAAGCCCCAUGUACAGAUGGCUGCUUCUGCCCUCCUGGAACAAUCCUCGAUGACCUUGGAGGCAAAAAAUGCAUCCCCAGAGACAGCUGCCCCUGUAUGUUCCAAGGCAAAGUCUACAUGUCUGGAGGGACUUACUCCACUCCCUGCCAAAACUGCACUUGCAAAGGAGGCCACUGGAGCUGCAUCUCUCUGCCCUGCUCUGGACGCUGCCACGUAGAUGGAGGAUUCCACAUAACCACAUUUGAUAACAAGAGGUUCAAUUUUCAUGGCAACUGCCACUAUGUCUUAGCUAAGAACACUGAUGACACAUUUGUGGUGAUUGGGGAGAUCAUCCAGUGUGGGACAUCAAAGACAAUGACCUGCUUAAAGAAUGUGUUAGUCACACUAGGAAGAACUACUAUAAAAAUAUGCUCCUGUGGGAAUAUCUACAUGAACAAUUUCAUUGUGAAGCUGCCAGUAAGCAAAGAUGGCAUCACCAUCUUCAGACCCUCUACAUUUUUCAUCACAAUUUUGAGCUCAAUUGGAGUACGGAUCCGGGUGCAAAUGAAACCUAUGAUGCAGCUCUCCAUAAAGGUUCAUCACUCCUACCAGAACCGCACAUCCGGUCUUUGUGGCAAUUUCAAUAACAUCCAGACUGAUGACUUCAGAACAGUCACUGGAGCUGUGGAGGAUUCAGCUUCUGCUUUUGGUAACUCCUGGAAAACCCGAGCCAGCUGUUUUGACGUUGAGGACAGCUUUGAGGAUCCUUGUUCAAACAGCAUGGAUAAAGAGAAAUUUGCCCAGCAUUGGUGUGCUCUCCUGUCUAACACAAGCAGUGCCUUUGCUGCCUGCCACUCCGUCGUGGACCCUUCUGUGUACAUCAGGAAAUGUAUGUAUGACACCUGCAAUGCUGAGAAGAGUGAAGUGGCACUGUGUAGUGUGCUCUCUACCUACUCCAGAGACUGUGCUGCAGCCGGCGUGUACCUGAAGGGCUGGAGGCAGGGCAUCUGUGAUCCUUCUGAGGAGUGUCCUGAGACUAUGGUUUAUAACUAUAGCGUGAAGCACUGCAACCAGUCCUGCCGCUCGCUGGAUGAACCCGACCCGCUCUGCAAAGUGCAGAUGGCUCCCAUGGAGGGCUGUGCUUGCCCUGAAGGCACCUACCUCAACGAUGAGGAGGAAUGUGUCACUCCAGAUGAGUGUCCCUGCUACUACAAAGGCAAGAUCGUGCAGCCUGGCAACUCUUUCCAAGAGGACAAGCUGAUGUGCAAAUGCAUUCAAGGAAGAUUGGACUGCAUUGGAGAAACUGUCCUGGUAAAAGAUUGCCCAGCUCCUAUGUAUUACUUCAACUGCAGCUCUGCAGGUCCUGGUGCCACUGGAUCAGAGUGUCAGAAAAGCUGCAAGACCCAGGACAUGCACUGUUAUGUCACAGAAUGUGUUUCUGGCUGCAUGUGCCCCGAUGGGCUGGUGCUGGAUGGCAGUGGAAGAUGCAUACCCAAAGAUCAAUGCCCCUGUGUCCAUGGAGGACGCUUCUAUAAACCUGGGGAAACCAUCAAAGUGGACUGCAACACAUGCACCUGUAACAAAAGGCAAUGGAACUGCACAGAGAACCCCUGCAAGGGAACCUGCACCGUGUAUGGCAACGGGCACUACAUGAGCUUUGAUGGGGAGAAGUUUGAUUUCCUGGGAGACUGUGACUACAUCCUGGCUCAGGACUUCUGCCCCAAUAACAUGGAUGCUGGCACCUUCCGGAUUGUUAUUCAGAACAAUGCCUGUGGGAAGUCACUUUCCAUCUGCUCCCUGAAGAUCACACUCAUUUUUGAGAGCAGUGAAAUCAGGCUCCUGGAAGGAAGAAUUCAGGAGAUAGCCACUGACCCAAGAGCUGAGAAGAACUACAAAGUGGAUCUCAGAGGAGGUUACAUUGUGAUUGAGACAAACCGAGGGAUGAACUUCAUGUGGGACCAGAAGACUACAGUCGUGGUUCAUGUGGCACCAUCUUUCCAGGGGAAAGUCUGUGGCCUUUGUGGGGACUUCGAUGGCCGCUCGAGGAACGACUUCACAACCAGAGGGCAGUCCAUGGAGAUGAGCAUCCAGGAGUUUGGAAACAGCUGGAAAAUCACCAGCACCUGCUCCAACAUCAACAUGACAGACCUGUGUGCCAACCAGCCCUUCAAGUCUGCCCUGGGACAGAAGCACUGCAGCAUCAUUAAGAGUCACAUCUUUGAAGCCUGCCACAGCAAGGUGAACCCAAUACCUUAUUAUGAGUCCUGCAUUUCUGACUUCUGUGGCUGUGACAGUGUGGGAGACUGCGAGUGCUUUUGUACCUCUGUGGCUGCUUACUCGAGGAGCUGCAGCAGGGCUGGGGUCUGUGUGGACUGGAGAACUCCUGCCAUCUGCCCUGUGUUCUGUGAUUACUACAAUCCACCUGACAAACACGAGUGGUUCUACAAGCCCUGUGGAGCCCCUUGUCUGAAGACCUGCAGGAACCCACAAGGGAAAUGUGGGAACUUGCUGUACAGUUUAGAAGGCUGUUACCCAGAGUGCAGUCCUGACAAGCCAUACUUUGAUGAGGACAGCAGGAAAUGUGUCUCCCUCCUCAACUGCACUUCAUGUGAUCCUGAAGCCAAACUAUGUACUGGAGACUCCAAAGAUUGCCUUUGCUGCUACAAUGGAAAGACUUACACCUUAAAUGAGACCAUAUACACCCUAGUCUCUGGCACUGAAUGUGGUGAUGCCAUCUGUGGCCCUAAUGGAGCCAUCAUCAGAACUUUCAUCCCUUGCACAACAGCAUCCACACCAGCACAAGAAGCACAUGUGCAACCGGUGACAACAUCUGCACCUCCAUCAGCAGCAGUAGCCACUCCCUGCUUCUGCACUGACAAUGGACAAUUGCUACACAUGGGGGAAAAUGUUUCUCUGGCAGUGAAUGCAUCAGGCCGUUGUGCCUACUCCCUUUGCAAUGCAUUGUGUCAGAUCCAAGUCAUCUGGGCAGAGUGUAAAAAUGGUCCUGCCAAAGCCCUCAAGUUCUGUGAUCCAGCCUCUGAAAGCUGCCCACCCACAUCUGCAGCCAGCACAAUGAGUCACACAAUGAGUCACACAACGAGUCAAGUUCCUGCUUCCACGAGUGCUCCUGUCAGCGACUGCCUUGGGCUCAUCCCUCCCAGGAAGUUCAAUGAAACGUGGGACUUUGGCAACUGCCAGAUUGCCACUUGCCUGGGGGAAGGAAACAACAUUAAACUGUCCAGCGUGGCUUGCCCUCCUCAGCAGGUGAAACCCUGUGUCAAUGGAUUCCCAUUCAGGAAACACCAUGAUGAAAGUGGCUGCUGUGAAGUCUUUGAGUGUCAGUGUGUUUGCAGUGGCUGGGGAAAUGAGCACUAUGUGACUUUUGAUGGCACAUACUAUCAUUUUAAAGAAAACUGCACCUAUGUCCUUGUCAAGUCAAUCCGUCCCCACUUCUGGAUUCACAUAGACAACUACUACUGUGGUGCUGUUGGAGGAGCAAUCUGUUCCAUGUCCCUCCUCAUCUUCCACUCCAGCUCUGUUGUCGUUCUGACACAAGCAAAGGAACAUGGAAAAGAGACCAACCUGGUUUUAUUCAAUGGUAAGAAAGUUGUUCCAGACAUUUCCAAGCAUGGUAUCAGGAUAAGCAGCUCUGGCAUUUACAUCAUAGUUGAAAUACCUGAACUAGAAGUUUAUGUCUCCUACAGCCGACUUGCAUUUUACAUCAAGCUGCCUUUUGGCAAGUUCUAUAACAACACCAUGGGACUGUGUGGUACCUGCACCAACCAGAAGUCUGAUGAUGCUAUGAAGAGGAAUGGUGAGGUUAUCGAGUCCUUCAAAGAGAUGGCAUUAGACUGGAAAGCCCCAAAUGCCUCCAACAGAUACUGUAACCCAGGUGUCUCCAAACCAGCUGAGCUGGACUAUCAGCAGCACUGUGAACCUUCCAGUCUAUGUAAAAUCAUCUGGAACCUGACUGAAUGCCACAGGGUGGUGCCCCCUCAGCCCUACUAUGAGGCAUGUGUGGCCAGUGGGUGCUCCAAGCAGCACCCCAGCACCCAGUGCCAGAGCAUGCAGACGUAUGCAGCCUUGUGUGGGCUCCAGGGGGUCUGCGUGGACUGGAGGAGACAGGCGAAUGGGCAGUGCGAAGUCAGCUGUGCACAGGAUCAGGUGUACAAGCCAUGCAGGGAAGCUAAGAGAAACACUUGCACCAGCAGAGAAGCCACCAUGGACACCUUCCCCUCCAGAAACAGCACACCAAUGUUUGUUGAGGGAUGCUUCUGUCCUGAUGGGAAAAUUCUGCUGAAUGAGCAUGAUGGCAUUUGUGUUUCUGUCUGUGGUUGCACUGCACAGGACGGAUCAGUGAAGCAGCCCAGAGAGGCUUGGGAGCAUGACUGCCACUACUGCACUUGUGAUGAAGCAACUUUGAACAUCUCCUGCCUCCCCCGCCCCUGUGCUAAAUCUCUGCCUGUCACCUGCAGCAAAGAGGGCUUUGUCCCCAAGAUAAAGCCCCGGCUGGAUGACCCGUGCUGCACAGAGACAGUCUGUGAAUGUGAUAUAAAAACCUGCAUCAUCAACAAAACAGCAUGUGACAUUGGCUUCCAGCCCGUGGUUGCCAUCUCUGAGAAUGGUUGCUGUCCCAUCUUCUCCUGCAUACCAAAAGAUGUCUGUGUUUUUGAAGGAGUUGAAUUCAAGCCUGGAGCAAUGGUGCCUAAAGGCUCCUGUGAGAAUUGUGUAUGCACAGAUGAGCAGGAUGCUGUGACCCAGACCAACCGUAUCCACUGUGUUCCAGUGCAAUGCCAAACCAUCUGCCCACAGGGCUUCCGCUACGUGAUAGAGGAAGGUCAGUGCUGCAGCCAGUGCCAGCAAGUGGCAUGUGUGGCAAACUUCCCCUUUGGCAAUGUGACCAUUGAGGUUGGAAAGAGUUACAAAGAUCCACAUGAUAACUGUACCCAGUACACCUGCACUGAAGCAGCAGGUCAGUUUUCCUUGACAAGUACAGUAAAGGUCUGCCUACCAUUUGAAGAAUCAAACUGUGUCCCAGGGACAGUUGAUGUGACUUCAGAUGGCUGUUGUAAGACAUGUGUCGACCUGCCACACAAGUGCAAGCGCAACAUCAAGGAGCAGUACAUCACCUACAAGAGCUGUAAGUCAGUCGCUCCUGUCCCGGUGCCCUUUUGUGAAGGGACCUGCAGCACCUACUCCGUGUACUCCUUCGAGGCCAGUGCAAUGGAACACAAAUGCAUCUGCUGCCAUGAGAAAAGGAGUCACCAAGUGAAGUUGGAACUGGUUUGCUCUGAGCAUAAGAGAAUCCAGUACACAUAUGUGCAUGUAGACGAGUGUGGAUGCGUGGAAACAAAAUGCCCAAGCAGGAGAACAUGAGCGUGAACUACAGGAAACACUUCAGCUCCCACUUAAUGCUUCCCCAGCAAGUGAGUAGUUUAGAAAAGAGCUGUGAGUAACCUUCACACGACCUUACCUCCCUCUUGUGCUUUUCUCCCUCUGGUGUUACAUGCAGUUGUGGAAAUUAGCUGAAGAUUUCACUCUGGCUGUUUGUUAAAUAAACUGCACUUCAAAGAG